UCUGAAGCACCGUCGUCUGUUUCUCGAUCGAAGAUUUCAAUUUCAUCUUCGGACCCUAAUUUCUUCUCUCUAUCUCUCUCUGCCGCCGAUUCACUGUAUCUUCAAGGUCUCUCUGUCUUCCAAGCGUUCGUACAUUCACGCAGCACUUUCAAAUCUCGGCCAGCAUAUUUCUAUAGUUACGUUGUAUAGAUCUAUUCCCGCUUCGCUAUUUUGAGCUGUAGCGAGAUUCUUAGACUGCGGGUCUCUGUCAUUGGUUGCUGUGCAAAUGAGGGGUAGGAGUUAUACUCCAUCACCGCCAAGGGGUUAUGGAAGAAGGGGUCGGAGCCCUAGCCCUAGAGGGCGCUAUGGGGGACGUGGAAGAGACCUCCCCACUAGCCUUCUAGUUCGUAAUCUUCGCCGUGACUGCAGACCUGAGGAUCUUCGUAGACCAUUUGGACAGUUUGGUGCCAUUAAGGACAUAUACCUACCAAAGGAUUAUCAUACUGGAGAACCACGUGGCUUCGGUUUCGUUCAAUAUGUAGAUCCUGCUGAUGCUGCAGAUGCUAAGCAUCAGAUGGAUGGCUGUGUUCUUCUCGGUCGGGAGCUGACUGUGGUCUAUGCUGAGGAAAACAGGAAGAAGCCAUCUGAUAUGAGGACGAGGGAGAGAGGAAGUUCUAUAAACAGUGGACGAUUUUAUGAUCGAAGAAGAUCUCCUCCACGGUCUUCUCGUUCGCCACGAUAUUCUCGUUCCCCAGCUCCACGCCAUGCAAGGUAUUCUCGUUCACCUGCUCCGCGCCAUGCAAGGUCUAGGUCCCGCAGUUAUGACAAUGCAUCCCCGCCACCAAAACCAAGGGCUUACUCGAGAUCGGCGUCCCCACCUGACAGACGGAAUAGUCGAGAGAGGUCUUUCCCACGACAGCCGAGCCGUGGUAGGUCAUUCUCCCGAUCUCCGCGACUCGAUGGUUCGAGAAGUCGAAGUCCAAGUCCAGCACGGGGCAGAAGUCGAAGUCCAAGCCCAUUGAGAGGCUGAAGCCUGAGCAUUCGCUGGAGCCGAAGUCAACAGGAAAACAACUCGAAACUUGGUCGAGAACAAUUACAAUGUACUAUUGCCAUUGCUUAGUUUGAUGUUUCCGCUAUAGACAUCAUUUCGUCGUUUAUAUUGUUGUUCGGUAGCGUUCGUUCGUUGUUCUUAGGAAUCUAUGCGUUAUCAAGAUUUUGAGUUUUUUUUUUUUUUUUCUUCUUUCCUGUUGUGGUGAUGCAUUACAAUAUAUUUCAAGCUUUUCUAUCAUCA